AUGACAAAUAAGAAAUUCUCUGGUCUAAGAGACAAUUUCAGUCUCUUAGGUGAGAAAAACAAGGUCCUUGUGGCCAACAGAGGGGAAAUCCCCAUCAGAAUCUUCAGAACUGCUCACGAGUUGUCAAUGAGAACCGUGGCUAUCUAUUCCCACGAAGAUCGUUUGGCUAUGCAUAGAUUGAAAGCUGAUGAAUCGUAUGUCAUCGGUGCCGAAAACCAAUAUACUCCAGUCGGUGCAUAUCUUGCCAUUGAUGAGAUUAUUAAUAUUGCAAAGAAACAUAACGUUGAUUUCAUUCAUCCAGGUUAUGGGUUUCUUUCAGAAAAUUCUGAAUUUGCUAGAAAAGUCACAGAGUCUGGGAUCACUUGGAUUGGUCCACCAGCUGCAGUUAUUGAUUCAGUAGGUGAUAAAGUUUCUGCUAGAAACUUGGCCGCCAAGGUCAAUGUCCCAACAGUUCCAGGUACUCCAGGCCCAAUUGACACAGUAGAAGAAGCUAAAGCCUUUGUAGAAAAACAUGGGUUCCCAGUGAUUAUUAAAGCAGCCUUUGGUGGUGGUGGUAGAGGUAUGAGAGUGGUUCGUGAAGGUGAUGAUAUUGCCGAUGCGUUCCAACGUGCCACUUCUGAAGCCCGUACUGCCUUUGGUAAUGGUACUUGUUUUAUUGAAAGAUUCUUGGAUCACCCAAAACACAUUGAAGUUCAAUUAUUAGCUGAUAAUUAUGGUAAUGUUGUACAUUUAUUCGAAAGAGAUUGUUCUGUACAAAGAAGACAUCAAAAAGUUGUUGAAGUAGCUCCAGCAAAGACUUUGCCAAGAGAAGUUCGUGACUCAAUCUUAACUGAUGCUGUUAAAUUAGCCAAGGAAGCCGGCUACACUAAUGCAGGUACUGCUGAAUUUUUAGUCGAUAAUUUAGGUAGACAUUAUUUCAUUGAAAUUAAUCCAAGAAUCCAAGUGGAACAUACUAUUACAGAAGAAAUUACAGGUAUCGAUAUCGUUGCAGCUCAAAUCCAAAUCGCUGCCGGGGCCUCAUUAGAAGAUUUAGGUCUUUUACAAGAUAGAAUCACAUAUCGUGGAUUUGCCAUCCAAUGUCGUAUCACUACUGAAGAUCCUUCUAAGAAUUUCCAACCGGAUACUGGUAGAUUAGAAGUCUACCGUUCUGCAGGUGGUAAUGGUGUCAGAUUAGACGGUGGUAACGCUUAUGUAGGUGCUACUAUUUCACCUCAUUAUGAUUCUAUGUUAGUCAAAUGUUCUUGUUCAGGCUCUACUUAUGAAAUCGUUCGUAGAAAGAUGUUACGUUCGUUGAUUGAAUUCAGAAUUAGAGGUGUCAAGACAAAUAUACCUUUCUUAUUGACUUUAUUGACUCACCCUGUCUUUGUCUCGGGUGAUUAUUGGACUACUUUUAUCGAUGAUACCCCACAAUUAUUCCAAAUGGUUUCUUCCAAGAAUAGAGCUCAAAAAUUAUUACAUUAUUUGGCAGAUUUAGCUGUCAAUGGUUCUUCUAUUAAGGGUCAAAUCGGGCUACCUAAAUUGGCCACUCGUCCAGAUAUCCCAGCUUUACAUGAUAAAAAUGGUGAAGUCAUUAAUGUUACUAACGCUGAACCACCUUCAGGUUGGAGAAAAGCCUUAUUAGAAAAGGGUCCUAAGGAAUUCGCUAAACAAGUCCGUGAAUUUAACGGUUGCUUGAUUAUGGAUACUACUUGGAGAGAUGCUCAUCAAUCUCUAUUAGCCACAAGACUAAGAACUUACGAUUUAGCAGCAAUUGCUCCAACAACUUCUUUUGCCCUAGCAGGUGCAUUUGCCCUGGAAUGUUGGGGUGGUGCCACUUUCGAUGUUGCUAUGAGAUUCUUGCAUGAAGAUCCAUGGGAACGUUUAAGAACUUUAAGAAAAUUAGUUCCAAAUAUUCCUUUCCAAAUGUUAUUACGUGGUGCUAACGGGGUAGCAUAUUCUUCUUUACCUGAUAACGCCAUUAAUCAUUUCGUUAAACAAGCAAAGGACAAUGGUGUCGAUAUCUUUAGAGUCUUUGAUUCUUUGAACGACGUAGAACAAUUAAAAGUUGGUAUUGAAGCUGUUAAAUUAGCAGGUGGUGUAGUCGAAGCCACUAUGUGCUAUUCGGGUGAUAUGCUACAACCAGGUAAGAAAUAUAAUUUAGAUUAUUAUUUGGAAUUGUCUGAAAAAAUUGUAGGAUUAGGUACUCAUAUUUUGGGUAUCAAAGAUAUGGCUGGUACCAUGAAGCCUGCUGCUGCUAAGCUAUUGAUUUCAUCUUUAAGAAAGAAAUACCCAGAUUUACCAAUCCAUGUUCACUCUCAUGAUUCUGCAGGUACUGCUGUCACUUCUAUGGUUGCUUGUGCUAAAUAUGGUGCUGAUGUAGUAGAUGUUGCCAUUAAUUCCAUGUCUGGUUUAACUUCUCAAGGUUCUAUCAACGCUUUAUUAGCUUCUUUAGAUGGUGAUAUCGAAACUAAUAUUAAUGCCCAACACGUUAGAGAAUUAGAUGCAUACUGGGCAGAAAUGAGAUUGUUAUACUCUUGUUUCGAAGCAGACUUGAAAGGUCCAGAUCCAGAAGUUUAUGAACAUGAAAUUCCAGGUGGUCAAUUAACUAACUUAUUAUUCCAAGCACAACAAUUAGGCUUGGGUGAAAAAUGGAAAGAAACAAAACGUGCUUACAGGGAAGCCAAUUACUUAUUGGGUGAUAUCGUCAAAGUCACACCGACUUCUAAAGUUGUGGGUGAUUUAGCACAAUUCAUGGUUACCAACAAAUUGACUUCAGAUGAUGUUAGACGUUUAGCAAAUUCUUUAGAUUUCCCAGAUUCAGUCAUGGACUUCUUUGAAGGUUUAUUAGGUCAACCAUAUGGUGGAUUCCCAGAACCAUUAAGAACUGAUAUCUUAAAGGGUAAGAGAAAGAAGAUGACCUCUCGUCCUGGUUUGGAAUUACAACCAUUCGAUAUUGCAGCUAUUAAGGAAGACUUGCAAAACAGAUUCGGUGACAUUGAUGAAUGUGAUGUUGCUUCUUAUAAUAUGUAUCCAAAGGUCUAUGAAGAUUUCCAAAAGAUUCGAGAAAAAUAUGGUGAUUUAUCUGUCUUACCAACCAAGAAUUUCUUAGCUCCACCUGUUACUGGUGAAGAAAUUGAAGUCACUAUUGAGCAAGGUAAAACUUUAAUUAUUAAAUGUCAAGCAGUCGGUGAUCUAAAUAAAGCUACCGGUACAAGAGAAGUUUAUUUCGAAUUGAAUGGUGAAUUAAGAAAGAUCCCUGUGGUCGAUAGAUCCUUAAAGGUUGACAUUGUUGCUAAGCCAAAAGCUGAUACCCAUGAUCCAUAUCAAAUUGGUGCUCCAAUGGCAGGUGUCAUUGUCGAAGUUAAAGUUCAUAAGGGCUCUCUAGUUAAAAAGGGUCAACCAGUUGCUGUCCUAAGUGCCAUGAAGAUGGAGAUGGUAAUUUCUUCUCCAUCUGAUGGUCUAGUGAAAAAUGUCACCGUUGCAGAUGGUGAAAAUGUCGAUGCAUCAGAUCUAUUAAUCACAUUAGAAGAUCCAGAACCACCAAAAUAA